AUUAAGAUGUUUACAUGUCUGUACUGCACUUCAAUAAUGCGACUAAAGUAGAAUUACUCCACAUGUCUUAAUUCGAUGUGUGUUUACUUCGAUUAUGACUUUAGCCGGAUUAAGGUAACGUUAAUCAAAAAUCUCUGUUUACAUGGUACGUUAGACUCUUAAUCAGAGUACUGUCUUAAUCGUAUUAAAAUCGGAGUAUUGAUGUCCAUGUAAACGUACUGAUUCUUGUAGUGGUGGCUGGCUGGUAAACCGGUGUAGUGAAAGCUUGAUUCACAGCGGACAAAUCAAAACGUUGAACAAGUGAACAUAAACUUCCUUGUUUACGUGCUGAGAGAAGCUCAUGCAGCAGAUUGACGGGGGGAGGUCGUGUUGUGGGUGUACUCAUAAACCAGCACAACCUAACAAAUCCAAUUAAAUGGCAGUUAACCUAUGUAACUGUAUUGUGAAUUAAUAUUUAGAAGAAGAAAAACGUAUUUUAACCUUUCCUUAAAAAAUAAUGCAUGCAUAUACUGUAUCGGAACACCCCUUACAUUAUGGUACAUUCCGUCGCGAAGCUUAUUUCCCGCACCGCUUCCGCAGGGAAUGACUGAACGCUUAGAAAACUUCGCGGAAAGACAAUGAAGCCAACAUCAGUUAAUGACAUUAUUAUUAUGUCUUUAUGUCUUUUCUCACAGUUUGUUCGAGGGCUGGAGGACUGCAGAAGUGGAAUGUAUCCACCUAAAGGACCAACGUUUAAAGGUAAUGUGACCUUGUACACUGUUAAUCUCGAUUUACCUCCUAGUGAGAGAUGGACGCAAGUGAUCAAAGAUAAAAACACAGAGUUGAUCACAAUGGUGCAAACAAUAAAAGACCUGGCCAAGGGCUUUUUUGAUGGAAAACUUGUUGAUUUAGUAGACGAGGAGCUGCCUUUGAUUGUGGAUACACUUCCACAACCUUUCAGUGAUGAAAUUAAGGGAAUAGCAGCGGUUUCUGGCAUCCCUCUAGGUGAAAUUACACUGUUCAAUAUCUUUUAUGAGGUUUUCACUGUUUGCACAUCAAUUGUUGCAGAAGACUUUAAUGGAAAUAUUUACCAUGCCCGGAAUUUGGACUUUGGACUGUUUAUGGGGUGGGAUCGACAGAAUAAAACAUGGACUUUAACAGAGAAGCUUAAGCCUCUUGUGGUGAAUGUCAAUUUCCAAAGAGGCAACAAAACCGUCUUUAAAUCAACAAACUUUGCCGGAUAUGUUGGCAUGCUUACUGGAAUUAGACCUGGUGAAUUCAGUCUAACAAUGAAUGAGCGUUUCAACCUCGAUGGAGGUUAUGUAGGGUUUCUGGAAUGGAUUUUUGGCAAGAGAGAUGGAAUGUGGAUGGGUUUUCUCACUCGGAAAGUUCUGGAAAAUGCUACCAGUUAUGAGGAUGCCAAAGGCCAGCUCUCUCUGACGAAACUGCUUGCACCAGCUUACUUCAUCUUGGGUGGUAACCAAACGGGUCAAGGUUGUGUGAUAACCAGGACGAGAAUAAACACAUUAGACAUAUGGGAACUUGAUAUGAAGCUUGGGAGAUGGUAUGUCCUGGAAACAAACUAUGAUCACUGGGAAAAGCCUAUGAUAUUUGAUGACCGCAGAACACCAGCAAUGAAGUGCAUGAAUCAAACCACACAAGCGAGCAUUUCUCUGGCGUCAAUAUAUGAUGUUCUGUCUACAAAACCAGUUCUUAAUAAGUUGACAACCUACACAUCACUGAUGGAAGUGUCAACUGGAUCUCUGGAGUCUUAUAUCAGAGAUUGUCCAAAUCCAUGUACGCCAUGGUGAUCUGCCAUCAAAUCUGAAUUAACUAAGGCAUAUGAAAUACUGUUCUGGAUCUCUGUCAUUACACAGCGGUGUAUAAGAAAAGGAGGAUGUUAAAAUGCAACAUUGGUUGCAAUUCUACAUCUGAACUUGCACAUACCUGUUCUCAUAGACUCGUCUGUUGUAGCUGCUUUACCACUGCAACAUUUGUGUAGUUGUGCAAAAGUAUAACGGUUUCUUUUGUGUAACAAACUCUGAAUAACCACACAUUUUAAAUGGAAAUGUUUUUUUGGUUGUUGUUUCCUUUGUGUUGCCUUUUUUCUUUAAUAUUUUGAGUAUACUGUAUAAGGAAAUCUAUUUUUCUGAAAUCCUUGGUAAUGAUGCUGAAAAGUAUUUUCGUAAUUUAUACUGACAUUUUAUGUGUCCCUUUCUGGACUGUGUUGAAUGUGUAAAUUGAUGUUUGUGACUCUAAUACAUCCAAGUCACAAACAAUUUUUUCACGGUACUGAAUUAGCCCCCCACACACACACACAAAUGUAAUAUAUAAAACUGUGUAUA